UAAUACUUUUAUAUAUUUAAAUAUUUAAUAUUUAAAAUACGUUAUUUUAUCUAUAUAAUUUUUUGAUUUGUGACGCAUUGCCUACAGUAAAUAGAUUGCAGUGCAAGUGCAAUGUAAUGCAUUCUUAUGUGGAUAAAGUUUUGAUUCAAGGUAAUUUGAUCUGAACAUCACAAUGGAAGUUUUAAAUCAUUUUGGCAAUAUUGAUGAAAGCGUGGAUGAAAAUACAAUUAGCAAUGACAAUGUCGGCGUAGUUUUAGAAGAAGCAGAAAUAAUAGAUUGCGACACAGAAAUAGAGACAGUCACAGAAGAAGAUAAUAUUCAGUAUCAAUUAUGUGAAGUAAAUAGAAAUGAUAAUGCAGUAGCGUACCGUGUGGUACAAGUUGGUGAUAAUCAUACAAAUAACACUGAAUUAUCAAUAGCUGCACCUAUAAAUAACACGGUUCAAGUUUUGACAUCACCUAUAAAUGGUCAGUUCUACGUACUUAGUAAUAGUAAUGAAGUAGUUACCUCAGAAACUACAAGAACAGUUGCACCACGUGUUAAACUUCAAAUAGAUAAUCCACAAAAUAUCCUUACUACCAUUAAAAAGAGAGAUGAAAGAAGAAGGGUAACACAUAAUGAAGUUGAAAGACGCCGUAGGGAUAAAAUUAAUAAUUGGAUUUCAAAAUUGGGGAAGCUCUUACCUGAGUGUGAACAAAAUUCAACUGGAGAUGGAGAUGUAAAAACCAAUUUUGAGUUACAGAGUAAAGGAGGAAUUUUAGCAAGGGCAUGCCAGUACAUUACAGAAUUACGAGAUGUUCAAGAAAGUUUCUCACAAAGUUUAGAUGAAAAUGCUCAAUUGUUAGAAGAAGCUAGAACUCUAAGGCAAGUGGUAAAUCAAUUGAGGAAAGAGAAUUCUGAAUUAAAAGCUCAAAUUGCAAAAAGUACCACAUACAUACUAGGUACCUAAUUUUCAUGAAUACAUAUAAUAAAUAGUAAUA